AUGUCAUCUCCCGCAGCCACCGACAUGCCAUCCCGCCAGCUCCUCGCCUCUCUAUGUAAUUCCCUCGUCAAUGUCCGCUGGUCCCUGACCCGCACUCUCCGCAGUGAAAACCCACUCGACCUGAACGGCGAACUGCGGGGCACAGCCACCUUCAUCCCACAACAUAAUAACAAUAACAGUGCCUCGCGCGACCGCGACUGGCUCUAUUGCGAAGAAGGCGAGAUCCCGACCUCGGUCGGUGGCGCAGCCGGCCUGCGCUGGACGAAAAAGUACAUCUGGCGACUGGCCGAGACGGGGCGAGUGAGCGUGUGGUUUGUGAAAGUCGCCCCUGGUCCGGAGGAAGCAGAUUACCUGUUCCAUGACUUCGACUUCCUCGGAGCUGCUUCGGCCCCCUCUACCGGCGACGAUUCUACUGAGUAUGUCGCCCCGCCGACACCGCCAACCGUCACGGCGACGGGUCCUGAGACGACCGUGUUGGUGGCGCGCGGGAGCCACCUCUGCAUUAAUGAUAUGUACCGCACGGCGUAUGCGUUUCGCGUGCACCCAGAGACGGGAGAGGUUCUGAGCUGGGCGAGUCGGCAUGUGGUGCAGGGCCCGAAGAAGGAGCAGGACAUUGUGAAUCGCUACGAGCGGGGCGCGUGA